UACAUUUUAAAUGUAUAAAUUGUUAAUACAAUAUUCUGAACUCUCUCUCAAUUUCUCGUUGAAUUCAUCAAUAUGAGCUUAAUUGCGAGUUCGAUUCCCAUCCACACCAGCAUCAGCAACAAGCUUGUGAUCAAUCCACGCCGCCCUCCCGUGUUGGCGCGCGCCGCCUUCGACUUCACGCGCUACAUGGAGGAGAAGGCGGCGCGCGUGGAACGCGCCCUCGAGGCCAGCGUGCCCCUCCGCGAGCCGCGCCUGGUGCACGAGGCCAUGCGCUACUCGCUCCUGGCGGGCGGCAAGCGCGUGCGCCCCAUCCUCUGCAUCGCGGCGUGCGAGCUCGUGGGCGGGCCCGAGCGCGCCGCGAUGCCGUCCGCCUGCGCGGUGGAGAUGGUCCACACCAUGUCCCUGAUGCACGACGACCUCCCGUGCAUGGACGGCGACGACCUCCGCCGCGGCCGGCCCUCCAGCCACAGGGCCUUCAGCGAGUCCGUCGCCGUCCUCGCCGGGGACGCCCUCCUGUCCCUCUCCUUCGAGCACGUUGCGUCCGCCACGCUCGGCGUCAGCCCGGACAGGGUCGUCCGGGCCAUCGCAGAGCUCGGACGCAGCAUCGGCUCAGAGGGGCUGGUGGGAGGGCAGGUGGCGGACAUCUCUUCAGAAGGGGUGUCCGGGGUGGGGCCGGAGCGGCUGGAGUACAUCCACGUGCACAAGACGGCGGCGCUGCUGGAGGCGGCGGCGGUGAUGGGGGCGAUCGUGGGCGGCGCCGGGGAUGAGGCGGUGGAGAGGCUGAGGAGGUUCGCGCGGCGCGUGGGGCUGCUGUUUCAGGUGGUGGACGACAUUCUGGACGUGACGAGGUCGUCGGAGGAACUCGGGAAGACGGCGGGGAAGGACGUGGCGGCGGACAAGGCGACGUAUCCGAAGCUGCUGGGAUUGGAGAAAUCGAUGGAGUUGGCGGAGGAAUUGAAGAGAGAGGCGUAUGCUCAGAUGGCAUGGUUUGAUGAGGACAAGGCUGCUCCCUUGAUUGCUUUGGCUAAUUACAUUGCUUACAGAAACAAUUAAUUUGGAAAACACAUCUUAAGUUGUGAUAAUCAUACUACAUUUUUAUUUGAUGAUGAAAAUUAAAGUAGAUCACUUGUAAAAGCACGGUUGCAAUGGACACAUAUAUAAAUAUAAUGGA